UCGGAUGCUGCUCUGCUCGAGUCCUCCCCUCAUCGAAUUUCCAAUAUUCGCCUUCAUGCCUCUGCAGUAGGUCUUCUUCGUCAACAUUUUCAUUGCACGGCAAUAAAAAAGAGACUCUCGGAUUUCACAGAUUGGGAAAGGAGAGGGCGGGAGGCUACCAUGAUAACUCGAUCGAAUCUCGCUGAACAGCUUAGAGAAUAUCAGAUUCGAUCCAAGCACGACUGGGCCUCUGUCUCCUUCUUCUCCUCCACUGCUUCAAAUUUCUCGACUUCUAGGGUGGAUGUUGUGGUCUUUGUAAUAUGGGAACUUGUCAUUUUAGCAUUCCUGGUCUUUUCGGCAGUCUCUUUGUACUUUAGGAACGUCCGGCUAGCUUUUAUAUUAGUCAGCAUCACAGUUUUGUUGCUUUUAUGCAUGAAAAUUACAAAGCAAGUAAGAUUGGCAAGGAAAAAGAAACGGAGGAUGCUUCUUCCGUUGUCCAUGUAAAAUGGUAACAAGUAUUGAUCUUUUGCUUAUUCUAUAUACCCAUUUCUUUUCCCCCCAUCUCUUUCUCUAUUGGAUUGUGUCGCAUCUAGCAAGCUGAGUAAAGCAUAUAAUUUGAGAUUUUACCUUAAACCAA